UGUUCUCCGCAAAUCUUGCGCGUCUCAUCACGCUGUCCAAAGAAAUAUCUUGACUUUGGGUAGGUGCAAGUGGAGAGAGAUGUGAUGACAACAGAUGACCAUCAUUCCUGUUUCACACAGGAUUCUCUUUUCACAAAGUCCCUUUUCUUUCGCCCCUUCCGUUGGCCUACUCAAAGCAACCUACUCGAACUAAUCUAAUCUUCCAUGAUUUUUUGUUCAAGUCAUCAAAGUCAAGUGACGAAACAUCUUGUCCGUACCAGUUGGAUAUUAACUACCACUGAUAAUCAUGUCUUCUCCGGUCCCUUCCUCUCCUACCUCUCCCCUUCAGUCUCGGUCUAGUCAGCGACACCAAUAUCGCCGUCAGGAAAUCUACGAAGAACCGCCCUCUCAGCCACUGCCCUAUGAUUCAAGUAUCGUCCUGUUACAAUCCUUCAACAACUUCUUCGUUGUCGCCAUUCACAACAUCCUCUACUACCGGGGAAUCUACCCGAAACCUACCUUUCUCUCUGCUCGCGCCUAUAACCUCCCGGUGCACCAGAACCGCCAUCCCAAGGUCUGCUCCUGGAUACGCGAUGCUGUCAAAGCCGUGGCCGCUCAGAUUGCAGAGGGCCGUGUAUCACGCAUUGCCGUCGUCAUUCACUCCCCUCUCGAAGCAGAAGUGUCGUCUGAUCCCACACAAUCAGCAUCCUCUCAGACCAUCCCACCAGGUUCGGUUCUUGAACGCUGGAUGUUUGACGUCAGCCGAUUCCCCGCGUGGCCUGGUGGUGCCAAGCCAAUGCGAGCCUUUGAAAAAGCUUUAGCGAAAGAGCACAGAAACGAAGACAGUCGAGACGACGAAUACUAUUUCCCCACCGCUCACACAGUGAGCUUGCCCGAUCUCGACGAGCAGUUACGUGGUGCACUGCGAAGGAUGGCGCAUGCUGCCGAGAAGAUGGAUGCCCUGCCAGAGGGAUGUACUUUUACCGUGGCCGUGGAGUUAAGAGAUGAGGCCCUUGCUCCCAUUGGGCAUCCCCAAGCGUGGAUUCCCUCCGAACCUAACCUUCAGCCUGCCUCUCGCUCAAAGCCGGAACCAGGCGCAGAUGUUGGAGGUGUCAAGACAACUCCAAUCCGGUCUGUCGAGGCAGGGGCCUUGUUCUUCGAGUGUUGGCUCGAAGAAGGCAAGGCGAAAGAAAUGUUGAAGAAGUAGGCCAGCACAAUCUGAACGCAGGUGACUUUAUCUGUCGUAAAUAUGAUCCUCGGCGGUGUUCUGGCCAGGCACCGCGCAAGGGGGAGAAACCAACAGAAACGCCUGUAUGACCACCGUUUUGCGCUCAAGAGAAGACCGACCU